GUGCUGUCUCCAGCUCUCUUCUACAUCUCCUACUACUCCUCCCCUUUCCCUCUCGCCGCCGGCCCAUUCAUUCUCUUUCUCCCGAUCCCUUUCACAGCCGCGAGAGCGAGCAAGCAAAGCGCAUUUGCCUCCGGCUUGCAGGUGGGUUCCUGGAGCUGAUCGAUCGGCGUCCUACACAGCGAUGUCUGCGACGACGACGCAGCCGUGGAGGUCGCUGCUCUGCUGCGUGAGCGGCGCGGUCUCGGGCGACGACGACGGGCCGUCGCCGAGUCGUCGGAGAGGCAGCCGCAGGAGCAGGAGGGACCGGGGCGAGCGCCUCCUUCUGCUGCCGUCGUCAUCAGCGUCGCGGGUGUCGCUGUCGAGCCUCAGCUCAUCGGGAACGCUCACCCCGGAGGACCUGUCCCUCACCUUGUCCGGCUCCAACCUGCACGCCUUCACGUACGCCGAGCUCAGGGCCGUCACCGCGGGGUUCUCCCGCGCCAACUACCUGGGAUCCGGCGGGUUCGGCCCCGUCUACAGGGGCCGCGUCGACGCCGGCCUCCGCAAAGGGCUGGACGCGCAGCAGGUGGCCGUCAAGUACCUCGACCUCGACUGCGGCACGCAGGGACACCGCGAGUGGCUCGCCGAGGUCUUCUUCCUUGGCCAGCUCCGCCACGACAACCUCGUCAAGCUCGUCGGCUACUGCUACGAGGACGACCACCGGAUGCUCGUGUACGAGUACAUGAGCAACCAGAGCCUCGAGAAGCAUCUCUUCAGAAGUCUCGACGGCUCCAUGCCAUGGAUGAGGAGGAUGAAGAUCGCCGUCGGCGCGGCCAAGGGCCUCGCUUUCCUCCACGACGCUGACACGCCGGUGAUCUACCGGGACUUCAAGGCCUCCAACAUCCUGCUUGACGAGGACUACAACACCAAGUUGUCGGACUUUGGGCUUGCCAAGGAUGGGCCUCAGGGCGACGCGACCCAUGUCACAACACGCGUGAUGGGGACGAACGGAUACGCGGCGCCGGAGUACAUCAUGACAGGCCACCUGACUGCCAAGAGCGACGUCUACAGCUUCGGGGUAGUGCUCCUGGAGCUCCUGACAGGUCGGCGGUCCGUUGAUCGGGCUCGGCGGCCCAGGGAGCAGAGCCUGGUGGACUGGGCCAGGCCCUACCUCAAGAAGCCCGACAAGCUCUACCGUGUCAUGGACCCGGCCAUGGAGUGUCAGUACUCGUGCCAAGGGGCCGAACGCGCUGCCAUGGUGGCGUACAAGUGCCUGAGCCAGAACCCCAAGUCUAGACCCACCAUGAGGGAGGUGGUCCAGGCCCUGGAGCCCGUUCUCAACAUGAAUGACUACCUCCAAGUUGGCCCGUUUGUGUUCACCGUCAUACUGGAAGAUGGCAACGGUGAAGGCAAGGUUGUUGACGGGAAGAAGGUCGACGUCACGAUAGAGACGACUGUGGAGGAGAAACACCACCACCAGAGCCACCAAGACCGGCACCGACAGAAGUUCCCCAACUCGGCGAUCCACGCUGACGUGGUGCUGCACCGGGACCGGGACGGCGGCGAGCUCGGGACGCACAUUAGCGCGCUACGGCGGCACCGGAGGACAUCCAGCUACGUCAAGGACAGAGGGGCGUAGGCGUGUACACUAGCUCUCAUGAUUAAUUAGCAUGGCAAGUGCUAGUGUUAGGAGAGAAGCAGCAAAUUAAAGGAGAGAUUAAUGUGUACAUAAUUAAGCUAGAUCGUAGAUGGGUGUGGCACAGGAGGACACAUAGAACCAUGCCGCAAAUUGGUUUGGUUGCGAUUUUUUUUUUCAAUUUUUUGGUCCGUGUUAGUCAUAAUUGGUGUAACUGCCCAUGGUGACAUAGUUAUAUAUAUACCUUGUCCAAUGACAUCACAUUUGUUUUCUCGA